CGACGACAACACACUAUGGCAUCACUGCGGCAGGGAUACUCGUCGCGGCGCGGGCGUGGCGGGCGGCAGGAGCUGACCGAGGAGCAGCGGCAGGAGAUCCGCGAGGCGUUCGACCUCUUCGACACGGACUCGUCGGGCACCAUCGAUGCCCGCGAGCUCAAGGUGGCUAUGCGUGCGCUGGGCUUUGAGCCGUCGCGCGACGAGCUGAAGAAGAUGAUCGCGGACGUCGACCGUGACGGCUCGGGCACCAUCGAGUACUCGGAGUUUGAGCAGAUGAUGGUCUCCAAGAUGUCCGAGCGCGACGGGAAGGAGGAGAUCCUCAAGGCCUUCCGUCUCUUUGACGACGACGACACUGGAAAGAUCUCGUUCAAGAACCUUAAGCGCGUCGCCAAGGAGCUCGGCGAGAACCUCACCGACGAGGAGCUGCAGGAGAUGAUCGACGAGGCCGACCGCGACGGCGACGGCGAGGUCUCGCAGGACGACUUUAUGCGCAUCAUGGCCAAGACUUCGCUCUUUGGCUAAGGUUGUACCCUUUGCAAUGCGCCCUCCCCACCCCUUCUCCUCCUCCCUCCUCCUACCAUCGAAUUGAACCUUGAAUGGUGGCCAA